AUGGGUCCUGAUCAGCAUGCUCAACUGGAUGGCUUCAGUCUCUUCCUCCCCUUUCCCUCUCGCGUGGCUGUGCUUUUUGUAGCAGGGUUCUGGGGUUGGGGAGCCAAUCUACAGUAUCUACACCAGAACAAUAUCGAUCUUCCAGCGCUGAUACGGUACCCUGCACGUCAAUCUCCGAACCAUCGGCCGCACCACGUCUCCGCUUAUCAUCUCGCCGGUCUCCUAACCGUCCCUCUACUUCUAUCGCUCUUCCUCUUUUGGCCACUCACACACGGCUCUCGAGAACGAGUUGAAUCCGUCGACUAUGUUCCUCAAGCAUACCUCUUCAUACUCAUAAUCCUCCUUAUCCUUCCUUUCAAUCGAUUGUCCCGGUCCGGUCGCCGAAGAUUCCUAUCUACACUCCGGCGGAUUAGCAUCGGCGGCCUAGCAGAAGCUCAGGAUGGCAAAUUCGGCGAUAUCUUACUAGCGGAUGUUCUUACAAGUUAUGCGAAAGUCAUCGCGGAUCUUGUGGUCACUUUCUGCAUGUUCUUCAACGCGGAGACGUCGAGUACAUCCAAGCCAGACCGACACUGUGGUUCGGAUUAUCUGAUUCCACUAAUUAUCGCCAUUCCCAGUCUUAUCCGAUUGCGACAAUGUCUGAUUGAAUAUGUUCGUCUACGUCGGACGGGCUUCCGACACGGCAAUACUGGUGCCCAGCACUUGGCCAACGCCUUGAAAUAUGCAACCGCUUUCCCGGUCAUCAUGCUUGCAGCUAAAUUGAGGAACUACAGUCCGUUCCUCUUCUAUGGGAUAAGUGAGGUGACGCUCACAAGGCUACUAUAUCUCUUCUCCUUUAUCAACUCUUCCUACUCCUUCUAUUGGGACAUAACGAAGGAUUGGGAUUUGACUUUGUUCACCGAGUCACGAAAUGACAACGAGUAUCCGUUUGGAUUACGUCGUUACCGUUAUUUCACAGAUCAGCAGUACUACACGGCCAUGGCUGUCGACUUCGCUGUUCGCUUUGCAUGGAUGUCACGAUUCGUGCCAGGUUUUGUCUGGCUCACUGAAACCGAAGUUGGACUCUUCUUUCUCAUGCUUUUCGAAGUCGGACGCCGGUGGAUGUGGGUUUUCAUUCGCUCAGAAGCUGAAUGGGUCAGGAACAGUCGCGGCCCAGCCCCCAACGAUGUGCUACUUGGCGAAUUCAAUGGCAAACUUGAUUCUGACUGA